GUUCAAAGGAACCCAAAAUUCUCGGAUCAAUCGGUCUCACAUACGUCCAUUUCCACAAAUUUCCAAAAAGAAACAAGAUUCUCGGAUUCCAUCCGCUAGUUUUUCUCCUCGUUGUUCGAUCCUCUGUUGGGAUUUUCUUUUGAGGUUAUUGAAGCGCGGGAGAAUGGAAGUCGAUAGGAUUCUGCGGGAGUUUGAAGCAGUGAAUCUCCCGACGAAGAGUGCGAUAUAUGUAUGGGGGUACAACCAGAGGGGCCAGACAGCGAGGAAGGGCAGUGAGUUCCAUCUGAGGAUCCCGAAGCGCCUCUCGCCUGAGCUUUUCAAGUAUUCCGGCGCGCGGUGGCUUGACAUCGCUUGCGGCCGCGAGCACACUGCCGCGGUGGCCUCUGAUGGCUCGCUCUUCACUUGGGGUUCGAAUGAUUUUGGUCAGCUAGGAGAUGGGACUGAGGAGAGUAGAGAACAACCCAAAAAGGUCAAGUUCCUGCAGACUGAAUUUGUGAAAUCUGUAUCUUGUGGAGCACAUUGUACUGCUGCCAUUGCCGAACCACGGGAAAAUGAUGGUACAGUAUCUACAAGUAGGCUUUGGGUUUGGGGACAAAAUCAGGGAUCAAAUUAUCCACGUCUAUAUUGGGGUGCGUUUAGUCCGAACACGGUCAUACGACAAGUGUCUUGUGGAUCAGUUCAUGUAGUGGCUCUAUCUGAGGAUGGCCUACUGCAAGCAUGGGGGUAUAAUGAGUAUGGUCAACUCGGGAGAGGUUUUACUUGUGAAGGACUUCAAGGAGCCCGUGUUUUGAGUGCAUAUGCAAAAUUCCUUGAUGAAGCCCCUGAGCUUGUGAAGAUCGAACAAGUGUCAUGCGGAGAGUACCACACAGCGGCAAUAUCUGAAAAUGGCCAGGUGUACACCUGGGGCCUUGGAAGUAUGGGACAGCUCGGACAUUGCUCCCUUCAAUCUGGGAACAAAGAGCUUUUGCCAAGGCGUGUUGUUGCUCUUGAUGGUAUUGUGAUUAAAGAUAUCGCCUGUGGGGGUAUUCAUACUUGUGCUUUAACUGCCAAAGGCUCACUUUAUGCUUGGGGUGGAGGACAAGUUGGACAGUUGGGGGUCGGUCCCCAUAACUGUUUAUUUUCUUGUGAUGUAAAUGACUCUGACAUGUUUCUCCGCAAUAUACCUGUCAUGGUCAUACCGUCUGAAGUGCGACUUGUAACAUGUGGGCAUUCACACACUCUUAUCACCAUGAGAGACGGGCGAAUCUUUGGAUGGGGUUACAAUAGCUAUGGCCAGGCGACUAAUGAGAAAUCUACAUAUGCAUGGUAUCCUUCACCUGUUGACUGGUGUGUUGGAGAAGUGAAGCGAUUGGCAGCCGGAGGUGGUCAUUCGGCAGUAUUAACUGAUGCAUGUUCUUUGAAAGACCUGUGUGAGUUUCGGCUUGCGGAGAAUGUGAAUUUGUGUAAUUCGUAUCUUAUCGAGGAGGUGGCUUCUCGUACUGGUGCCGAUGCUUUGGCACGCCUUUGUGGAAGGUUGAGGGUGCAUCUGCUUGAAGGUGGUGACGUCGAUCUCGAAGAGAAAAAAGCUGAUUGCAAGAAGGAUUACUAGCUGCUAAGCAUUCCAUUUAAAUAUUGUGCAGAUUGGUUCAUUGUGUUGCCCAUUUCUGGGACUUAUUGGCUCCCAAAAUUUGGAUGUAUUUCUCCUUUCACUGUUAGUACUUGCAGUCAUUGUCAAACCAGAUGGUUGAGACAGUUGAGAUAACACAUACAAAACACUUCAUGGAACAUGUCUGAAUUUAAUCUUG